GCAGAGGAGCCGUUUUGGGCCGCAGGAUGAAGCAGAGACAAAGAGGACAAAGUGAGGGACAUUAAAGUCAAACUGCGCCGUGACUACAAACAUAGAACAAACCGCCAUUCGUUUAUUAACCACCGGAAACGUUAAAUUAACGUGAAGGCGCGCUACCGUUCGUGGCGUGCUUACCUGCAGACAGUGCUGAGGAUGGGGGAUUACAUGAGGACUCAGCUGGUGAGUGCCAUCCAGCUGCAGGAGGUGGAGCUGCAGGAGAAACCUGCAGACAAACAGCAGAGCGGCAAAAACAACGCAGAGCAGACAUUCACUGUGGAGGACGCCGUGGAAACCAUCGGCUUUGGACGCUUUCACAUCCUGCUCUUCCUCAUCAUGGGCAGCUCCAAUAUCGUGGAGGCGAUGGAGAUCAUGCUGCUGGCGGUGGUUUCUCCAGAGAUUCGCUGUGAAUGGCGUCUGGAUGACUGGCAGGUGGCUCUGGUCUCCACAAUGGUGUUUCUGGGCUUCAUGCUGUGUGGAGUUUUGGGAGGAUACAUCGCUGACAGAUACGGACGCUGGAAGGUGGUGUUCGGAGGUUUUGUGUGGAGCGCCUACUUCUCUCUGCUGACCUCGUUUGCUCCGUCAUACAACUGGUUCAUCUUCCUGCGCAGCAUGGUGGGCUGUGGGGUCUCCGGGGUCUCUCAGGGGUUUGUGUUGAAGACAGAGUUCAUCCCGGCGAAGCACCGAGCGUCUCUGCUGCCUCUGGCCUCUAUCUUCUGGAUGACUGGUUCCAUGCUGAUCAUCAUACUGGGGAUGCUGGUUGUCCCCACCAUGGGCUGGAGGUGGAUGGUCCGUCUCUCUGUCACCCGCAUCGUCCUCAUCUUCCUCUUCAAGUUUAUUCCGGAGUCGGCUCGUUAUAACGUCUCGGCGGGAAACGUCCAGGCGGCAGUGGACACUCUACAGCAAAUCGCUAAAAUGAACCGAGCGUCUCUUCCUCCCGGACGCCUGGUGGAGCCGGUGGUGAGGGAGCGGGGCAACUGGAGGAUCCUGCUGAGCUCAGCAUUCAGGAGGACGUCCCUCCUGCUGUGGUACUCCUGGUUUGUGGCGUCCUUUUCGUACUACGGCUCGGUGCUGAGCAGCUCGGAGCUACUGGAAAAGAACCUGCUGUGUGUGACGGACGCAGACCGCCAUCAUCAGGUCAAACACCGCCACGAGGACGGACUCUGCUACUGCAUCCCCUUCCAAUUCAGCGACUACCAGACGCUGCUCAUCAGCUGCUUCGGCGAGGUAGCCCUGGUCCCCCUGAACAUCUGUCUGCUGAACGUGUUGGGACGGAAGAUGAGUCUGACCGUCCUGCAGCUGUCAGCCGCCGUCGUCUUCAUGCUGAUCAACAUCUGCUCCACCAUGUUCGGGUUCACGGUGCUCCUGUUCCUGCUGCGCUCGCUGGUCUCCAUGAACUUUAAUGUGGUUUAUAUUUACACUGCUGAGGUGUAUCCCACGGUGGCUCGCUCUCUGGGGAUGGGCUUCUGUACGUCCUUCAGUCGGAUCGGAGGGAUGAUCGCUCCGUUUAUCGCUCAGGUGCUGAUGUCUCAGUCGGUGAUUUUGGCGCUCAGUCCGUUCGCAGUGGCGUGUGUGAUCUGCGCUUUAGGAAACUUUUUGCUGCCGAUAGAAACCCGAGGACGAGCUCUGCUGCAAACCUCAUGACCGAGACUCCAAACAAACUGUUACUGAUGUUUUUUAUUGUUGUUGCAGCUGUAAUGUAAAGAUAUUAAAUAUGUUUCUGACA